AUGUCGUACCAUCCUACACACGCGAGUGCGCACCAUCCGAGCUUCCUCAAUGCCAGCCUGCCGCUCGCGUACGCGCAUGGACACAGCGCCAAUGCUAGCCAGACGACCAACACGUCGCUGCUGGGCAGCACCAUCUCGUCCCACUCGUUCCCCAUGGCACCCUCACCGAACAACGGCACACCACAACCGCAGCCUCCACCGCCACCACAACAGCCGCCGCAACAGCCGUCGUCACAUUCGCAGCCUCAACAGCCAGCCGUUGCAGCACAUGCGCCACUCCAACCGCAGCCGCAGCAGGCGCAGGUGGCAGCACAGCAGCCAUCCAGCUCGGUGCCACCAGGCGUCCCCGAUGCGGAAGGGCUGAUCGCUCCACCAUCCAUGCCGCUCGAGCUCGACUUUGACAAUCUCGAGAGCGCGAGCAACUACAUGCACACCUACGCGCUCUCACAGGGCUUCGACAUCCGCAUCCAGUGGUCGGCCAACAACCAGACGCGCAUCUGCUGGUCGUGCUACCGCGGCGGCUUUCCCGAAUCGCUCAACCCCGACGGCACACCCAACACCAAGAAGCGUCCGAUCCCCAAGGACAAGGAGCGUCGAAAGCGCGGCUCGCUCAAGAUCGGAUGUCCCUUCCGCGUGCAGUGCACCAAGAACUGGAAGUCGGGCAAGAUGGAGCUGCGCAUUUUGGAGGGCAGGCAUAAGCAUGCCAUGGAGACGGAUCGCGAGAAUCUGCCGAGCCAGGUGCGGAGGAUAAAGAACCAGCGCAAGGCGCACGAGUCGCCAGGCGCUCCGCAGGCGGGGAAUGCGGCGGCGAAUGCGGUCGCCCAGGCCGCGAAUUUGAGUGCCACACCAACGCCAGCACCGACGGUGACGACGACGCAGGGAAAGGCGCGCGCGAGCAAUGCGGCGAGUUCAGGUAGGAACGGGAGCCAGCCAGCGGUUCGACGUGCACAACAGCGGCAGCAGACGACUAUGACGUCCACGCCCGAUCUGCUCGUCAAUGCCGCCGGUCCCUCUGCCCAUCUCAUGCUCGCCACGCCCUCGGCGCUCAGCACACCCACGCCCUCCAAUGGCGCGUUUGAGCUCGGCCCCGAUCUGGUGCUCAACGGCGUGGCCAGCGAGGGGUCGGGGGUCAAGGUCUCAUUCGAACGCCAGAUGCUCAACCUCCUCGGGGUUUAUGAUCGCUCGGAUGCUGCGGGGCGCGCGAUCCUCGAUGCCGAGUUGGACGCGAUGCGGUUGCGUGCCGAGGCGAGGUUGCAGCCUGCCACCGCGCGCAAGAAGCGCAAGGCUGCCAGUGGUGACGAGGAUAGGACGCGGCUGAAUGGGUUGGGCUCGCCCAUGCGACCGCAGGCUACGCCCGUCGUGAGCACGCCUGUGACAGCAUCGACGGGGGUGGGACAGCCCCCGAGCUCGGGCAAGGGCAGUGCACGAUGUAGCAACUGCAAGGAGUACGGCCACAACCGUCGACGCUGUCCGUUGGGCUAG